UUCAUUCUAGCUUAACCUGUCAGUAGCUCACGGUUAAUUUUCUCUGUAACUGUGGUGCAUAGCGGCUGCGAAGCAACGGCCUUUGGACAGCAGAGAGUUCCCCUUAAAGCAGUCAAGACCUGCCCUUUAAUUCAGCCAGCUCUUCUGCCAUGUACACACUGUCGGCAUAAUACAACAGCGGGACCCUCGGCUACUACAUCCCCCAGUCUCCUUCUCCUGUCCGCCCUGGCUUCUAGGAGUUACUCGCCCCUGCCAUGCACCGGGUCACCUCGCUACUGCUUACCUUGCUGUUCGUUCUCCUGCCGGGCCGGAGCUGGGGCUAUUUCCCCGAGGAGCGCUGGAGCCCCGAGUCUCCGAUCCUCGCUCCCCGGGUCGUUAUCGCGCUGGUCUGUCGCAACUCGGCGCACUCUCUGCCGCUGUUCCUCGGAACCAUCGAGCGCCUGAACUACCCGAAGGACCGCAUUGCGCUGUGGGUGGCGACAGACCACAACAUAGAUAACACUACAGCCAUCCUAAGAGAGUGGCUCAUCAAGGUCCAGAGUUAUUACCACUAUGUGGAGUGGAGACCCGAAGAUGAACCCAGUGCCUUUGAAGAUGAGGUGGGGCCCAAGCACUGGAAUAAUCUCCGUUAUGAACAUGUAAUGAAGCUCCGUCAGGCAGCGCUGGACACUGCCCGUGAGAUAUGGGCAGACUAUCUUCUGGUGGCCGACUGUGACAAUCUGCUCACCAAUCAGGAUGUGUUGUGGAAGCUGAUGAGGGAAAACAAGACCAUUGUAGCUCCCAUGUUGGAGUCCAGAGCUGCAUACUCCAACUUCUGGUGCGGCAUGACCUCACAGGGUUACUACAGGCGCACACCAGCUUAUAUGCCCAUCCGCAGGCAGGAGCGUCGUGGCUGUUUUCCUGUACCAAUGGUCCACUCUACCUACUUGAUGGACCUUAGAAAAGAGGCCUCCCGUCAGCUGGCCUUUUAUCCACCACACCCAGAAUACAGUUGGGCCCUGGAUGAUGUCAUUGUCUUUGCCUAUUCAGCGCGCAUGGCAGAUGUGCAGAUGUAUAUAUGCAACAAGGAGACUUAUGGGCAUUUCCCGGUGCCAAUGCGUUCUCAUGCUACCUUGCAGGAUGAGGCAGAGAGCUUUUUGCAUACUCACCUUGAAGUCAUGGUAAAAAAUCCACCAUUGGAGCCCUCCAGCUUCCUGUCUCUUCCUCCCAAGCAGCCUAACAAGAUAGGCUUUGAUGAGGUGUUUAUGAUAAAUCUGGUGCGGAGAGCUGACCGUCGUGAGCGAAUGCUGAAAACUCUGUACGAGCAGGAGAUCAGCUGUAAGGUUGUUGCUGCUGUGGAUGGCAAAGCUCUGAACAAGUCUGAUAUAGAGUCUAUGGGGCUUAAGAUGCUGCCAGGAUACAAAGACCCUUAUCACGGUCGACCUCUAACCAAGGGUGAACUGGGUUGUUUCUUGUCUCAUUACAACAUCUGGAAGGAGAUAGUAGACCGAGGUCUCCAGACUUCUCUGGUCAUCGAGGACGACCUCCGCUUUGAAGUAUUCUUCAAACGUCGCCUUCAGGCACUGCUGCAGGAAGUGACAUCACACAAGCUGGACUGGGAUCUCAUUUAUAUUGGGCGGAAACGAAUGCAGGUGGACCAUCCAGAGAAGUCGUUACCAAACAUCCACAAUCUGGUGGAGGCCGACUAUUCCUACUGGACUCUUGGCUACAUGUUGUCGUUACAAGGAGCCAAGAAGCUCCUCGGUGCAGAUCCUCUAAGGAAGAUGCUGCCUGUUGACGAGUUCCUUCCUGUCAUGUACAACAAACAUCCAGUAUCAGAGUACAUGGACCACUUUGAGCGUCGGGACCUGCGUGCAUUUUCUGCUGAGCCGCUUCUGGUGUAUCCGACCCAUUACACAGGAGACCCGGGCUACAUCAGUGACACGGAAACAUCAGUAGUCUGGGACAACGAGUCAGUCAGGACCGACUGGGACCGAGCCAAGUCCAGGAAAACUCAGGAGCAAGAAGAGCUGAGUUUCGAAGCCCAAAACUCUGACGUAUUGCAAUCUGAACUGGAGAACUGGAGCGCACGGGACGAGCUGUGAUGAAGGAGGGAAGAUUUGAGGAGGAGUUAGAGAGAAAGAACUCUGGCAUUCAGAGAUAAGACUGAGGGAAAUAGAGCAAAGCUGUGAUAGUGGGAGGAAAUAGAAAAUAUGGAGGGAAUCUAACAAAGUGGUGGAAUAAAGGAGUCACAGUGGAACAGAUGGACAAUGGGCUGAUGAGGAACAAAUUAUUUUUCUCUCUUCACUAUUGAAUCUUUCUCUUGAGAGAGGAGGUUAGAUGUAGAGUUAACUCUUGAACAGUCAGCUGUCAGCUUUUGUUUUAUUUAUUACAUCCCAUAGACGUCCCUUGUCCACCGCUGGUCUCUUAAUAGUUUUUAACAUGAGAAUUUCACAUGCAGUUUUGCAUGUCUCCAAAAGACACUCCAGUAAUGUUUCAACUGUCCAGAGCAAUUUCACCAAUACUUUCCCUAAAUCACACAUUAAAGCUGCAGUAUGUUCUGAGUUAAAAUGUGACCUCCUAAAGAACAACAAGGUUAUAUUACGUUUCUUCUUCUACUGUCUAAAAUUCUCUCUCUGGAGAAAACAAUCACCAAAACAUUUCCCAACAUGGUUCCCAGCAUGUUUGGCCACUUAUUAGGGCUGCACGAUUAAUCGUUAGAAAAUCGCGAUCUCAAUCCAUACUU